AUGGGCAGGAGGCGCAGGGGCUCCGGGGAGCUCCUCCCGCCGCCAGCGCCACCCCAAACACCCAUCAACAGCCAUAUUGCUAUUGCUGCUGCUGCUGCUGCUGUUGCAGCCGGGCGCGGGGGGGGAGGGGGCGAGGGAGGGGCGAGGGGGAGGGAGGGGGACCAGCAGCAGGCGGCAGGCGGGAGGCAGCUAGCGGGCAGCGGCUGGCCGGCCGGGUGCCGCCUGGGAGCGGCUAGGGCUGCGGCUCGGGAACCGAGGGGGCCUCCCCCGCCUGCCCGCUGGCCCGGCCGCCUGGAAGAGGAUGGAGCGCCGGCUCAGGCCCCCGGCCCCGGGCCGGCUCGCGCUGACCGUUGGGUGGGGGCGCCCGGCCCCCUGAGCCCCUGGCCCAGAAAGGGCGGCCGCAGCCCCGCAGCCGCCCGAGUCCCUGCUCCAAGGCUGGGCUGGAGGGUCCCGCAGCCCCGGGCCGGCCUCUGCGCUGCUGCGCGCCUGCCCGCCUCCGGGCCCCGGCUGCCCCUGGGCUCCGGCCGCCCAGCUGCCUCGGCCCAGCCCCCGCCUCCCCCUCCGCCGCCGCUGCCUCUGCCGCCGCCUCCUUUCCCUCUCCGGGGCUCCUCUUCUCGCCCCUCGCCUCUCGUCUCUCUUCUGGUCCCUCGCCCGGCAAGCAGGCAGCAGCCGCCGCAGCGAGCUCAGUACAUGCUCCUCUCCUCGCCCUUCUGCGACGCCGCCGCCACGGCUGCCUCCUAG